AUGCUUAUGUCAUCCCACAAGGAGAACGAAGCUUGGAAAGAGGCCACCAUUGCCGAAGACCGCAAUUUUAGGCCGACCAAGGCGAACGGUGGGCGGCGAAAAGCCCCGUUCUAUAAGGUAAUGCAGGGCAUGCCGAUUGCCGUGGACGCAUUCCGGUAUGGUUCUAUACCGGGCGUCACCGCCUAUUUCUUGACCCAUGCGCAUUCGGAUCACUACACGAACUUAUCCUCUUCAUGGCGCUCUGGGCCAAUCUACUGCUCGGAGUGUACCGGCAAACUGAUCAUCCAUAUGCUCGGUGUUGACCGCAAAUGGGUACACUUCCUGCCUUUUGACCAAGAGACCACUAUCCCCAACACAGGAGGGGUGAAGGUGACAUUGCUCGAUGCGAAUCACUGUCCUGGAUCGUGCUUAUUCCUCUUUGAAGGACCGCAGACCGUAAACGCUGGCGAUAGUAACUACAAUUCGCCCUUCGUACCCUCAAAUUCGACAUUCAAGGCCACCAAACAAGCGCGCAUGUUCAGGUACCUUCACUGUGGUGAUUUCCGUGCCUCACCUAGGCAUGUGAACCAUCCCGCCGUGAAGGGAAAGAAGAUUGAUGUCGUCUAUCUGGAUACAACCUACUUGGAUCUCAAGUAUUGUUUCCCCCCGCAGAAGCUUGUGAUCGACGCGUGUGCUGAGCUUGCAAGGCGGAAGGUCUUCGGAGAACCAGAUCAGUCCACGUCCGAAAAGUUCAAAGCUGGGUUGGGGAUGGUGACGAGCUGGGUCACCGUCCAACCUAAGAGGGAGAACGACGGCACACAUGUUCCGAAGGCGGGGGAAAACCGCAUCCUCGUCAUCGUAGGGACAUAUUCGAUAGGCAAGGAACGGGUGGUCAAAGCGAUCGCGAAGGCCCUCUCAUCAAAGGUAUAUUGCGACGCCCGGAAGGCCGCUAUCCUGCGAUGUCAGGCCGACUCGGAACUUGAAUCGCUCCUGACCAAGGAUCCGCUCGACGCCACGGUCCAUCUCGUGCCCUUGGGCAUGGUCAGCAGCGACAGACUGAAGGACUAUGUCGCGCGCUGGAAGGGUGCGUUCUCCCGUGCGAUCGCGUUCAGGCCAACGGGCUGGACGUUCACCGCACCCGCCGGCACGGACCUUGCACCGCCAAUCCCUACCGUCAUAUCCCGCUCGCAGUCACGGACCUUCGACUACACGCACUUCCGGCCCAUGCGUAAUUCCACGCCCACCCUUCAGCUAUACGGCGUGCCGUACUCGGAACACUCGUCGUUCUUUGAGCUCACCUGCUUCGCGCUGUCAGUGGACUGGGGAAGGAUCAUCGCGACCGUGAAUGUGGGGAGCGAGUCCAGCCGGAAGAAGAUGGGCGUGUGGUUCGAGCGGUGGGAUGCGGAGAGGAAAAAGAGGGCGAAAGAGGUAUCGGGAGCUAGGCUUGCUGGCGUGGAGCCGAGGGACGACGCCUACUGGUGA